CUCGCCGGGCCAUGUGCUGAGCCAUGCCCCUCGCCGCGCUCGCAGACCGCGUAUGGGGCAGAGCCUGAGCGGCGGCAGACCUUGCCUCGAUGUCCCCGGGCGGAUCCUGACGCCGCCGCCGCCGCCCCCGCCGCCGGUGAGGAGGAAGCUGGCGCUGCUCUUCGCCAUGCUCUGCGUCUGGCUCUACAUGUUCCUGUACUCCUGUGCCGGCUCGUGCGCCGCCGCGCCCGGACUGCUGUUCCUGGGCUCGGGGUCCAGCGCAACCCGCGCCCCGUCGGCCCUGGCCGCGGACCCCGAAGGCACUUCCUCCAGGCCGCCUUUCCGAGCUGCGCCCGCCACUCCGAGGGCUGCUGGCGGGGAGAGAGCCGCCGACCAGGAGUCGCCCGAGGGCGUCGCGCACCUGGAGGAGCAGAGUCUCGAAGUGCCGGACUCCCCCAGCCCCAUCUCCAGCUUCGUUAGCGGGUCCGGGAGCAAGCAGCUGCCGCAGGCCAUCAUCAUCGGGGUGAAGAAGGGCGGCACGCGAGCCCUGCUGGAGUUCCUGCGCGUGCACCCCGACGUGCGCGCCGUGGGAGCCGAGCCGCACUUCUUCGACCGCAGCUACGACAAAGGCCUCGCCUGGUACCGGGAUCUGAUGCCAAGGACCCUGGAUGGGCAGAUCACCAUGGAGAAGACCCCGAGUUAUUUUAUCACCCGCGAAGCACCUGCCCGCAUCUCAGCCAUGUCCAAGGACACCAAGCUCAUUGUUGUGGUGAGGGACCCAGUGACCAGGGCCAUCUCGGACUACACGCAGACGCUCUCCAAGAGACCUGACAUUCCCACCUUUGAGAGUUUGACAUUCAAAAACAGAACUACAGGCCUCAUUGAUACAUCUUGGAGUGCCAUCCAGAUCGGCAUCUAUGCCAAGCACCUGGAGCACUGGCUGCGGCACUUCCCACUGGGCCAGAUGCUCUUUGUCAGUGGGGAGCGGCUCAUCAGUGACCCAGCAGGUGAGCUGGGCAGAGUGCAGGACUUCCUGGGUCUCAAGAGGAUCAUCACUGACAAGCAUUUUUAUUUCAACAAGACCAAGGGUUUCCCAUGCCUGAAGAAGGCAGAGGGCAGCAGCAAACCCCACUGCUUAGGCAAAACCAAGGGCAGGACCCACCCAGAGAUUGAUCGUGAGGUGGUGCAGAGAUUGCGCGAAUUCUAUAGACCUUUCAACUUGAAGUUCUACCAGAUGACUGGGCAUGACUUUGGCUGGGAUUGAACACACCAGGGAUGCAUAACUUUCCACUUGGAUUAUAUAUUGAAAGAGAUUAUAUGUAUGUAAAAUGUACAGAAAUCUAUUUUAUAAUAAUUUAUUUUUAAUUCAUAAGCAAUUAAUUCACUAAGCUGCCUAGCCACACUCUAGAGAGUUAGCUUCAUAAUCUAUUAACAUUCCAAAGUGUUUUACUCUAAUAUUUUGGUUUUAUACUCACAGUUGAUGGUGCUUCCAUUUUUUUUCCCUACUCCUAUUUAAAAAAGAAGAAAAGCACAAUUUGAGAUUUUUUUGUUGUUACGGGUAUUCCACCUUCAGUCAGUCUCCAUCUGAGUUGGCUUGCUAUCUCCUUGUGUCUUUGGUCCCAGAUUUCAGUUUCCAUUUCUUCACUGCCUAUGUACCUCAUAAGAACAAUGAGCUGCCUCGAUAAGUUUCAAUCACUCUAAUGGUCAGACUUCAUGUAGCAGCUUCCCUGUUGACAUGAUGCCAUUUUCAAGGAUACAGACACCAACCACAAUGCUAGUUUUCCCACCCCACUCUCCAGGUCCACUAACAGAGGAGGAAAUCACUACUUUUUCCAUGACAUUUUAGGUUCUUUGAGAAUCUGCGUAUGAGGGUCUAUUUACCUCAGCUUUUAUUUUGAAGGAUGAUGGCCCUGAAUCUUUUCUAACUUAGUCCCUGAUUCAAUAAUCACCUUGAAGCAUAUGCAAAUGUUAAUCUUCUCUUUCCCUGAAGGGAAGUGUUUGGUUGCUGCUUCAGAAGCAAGACUAUCUUUGCUAAUUUGCAUGAGAGUGCUUUGUGCUCCAUCCUGCUAGCAGAAAGUUCUGCUUCAACACACCAAAGAAUUCCCUAAGCUAACAGAAUAAAAAGGCAUGAAUCAGGAGUGCCAAGUCUCAAUUCCCAAAGGAAUCAGGUGCAUUCCAUAAAGUCAGCUUCUACUAAGGUGCUGCUAGGUGCCCAUGUUGGGCAGACC